AUGCAUAAGCCCUCGCUCACCCAUCUGGUCUACAACGCGCUCUUCAGCAAGCCGCGCGGGAACGACCCGUCCUCCUUCUCCUCACACAUCACCAGAAACCUCGUUCCCGAAGUCCGGGUAGAGACUUCGACCUUCUACGGGACGCUGGACUGUAUCGAGGCUCAAUAUCCCGGCUUAGACUACUCGUACGCCCCUCACCGUAUGAGACUAGGCCGGUUUCAUCACCACAAAAAGCUAUUCAGAGUCUUCGACGAACUCAACCUGACCGAAGCUGAGAUCGCGUCUCUAUGUCGCUGGGAGGGGACAAAGUCGGCCAGGGAGCGCUAUGAGCGGGACACGGGGGUGAAGGUGAGGGACACCACGGCAGACGAGAUCAAGCCGGCAGCUCCCUUGAUGCCCCCCUCAGUGCAGGUGCACAGCCUGCAAGAUGGAAGAGAAGACUCCAGCUGCUCGCGCUCCCGACUUCCGGAUGGACCAGUACUGUCGAGCAACGCCGGAUCCGAGACCAACGGGCCCGUCACAGGAGAGAGCGGAACGGAAGACAGCAGCAGCGACGAGGAUCUAGAAAGCUACGGCGUGGCACUGAACGAACAUCUCCUGGAGGCUACGGCAGCUCGAGAGCGGGGGAUCAAUGUUGCCCUUGACGAGAUAUGGGAGCAGUGGCUGAAGGAAGCCAUUGAACGGGGUGGCUACACGGACAUGCUUGAUGCAAUUCGGGAAGGCCGCGCCAUUGAUUUCACGCACAGAGGAGUCUCAUCGCACCAUCAGCAUCAACAUCAGCAUCAGCAACAACACUCCCAUGCACCGGUAUCUGGAGCAUCGAGCUUAGCUACUCCCCAGAUGAGCACGCACCAUUCUGCCAGCUCAAGGCUACCAGCCAUAACCGGCAAUGAUAUGCUAUCAUCUCUAGCCCCGAUUUCAACAGCGGGCGCUACCAUACAUCCUCCGUCCACCGUUUCCAACCAGGCAUCAAGAAGAGACCUUCACCACAGCUAA